AUGAGCACAAGCCAGAGGAAGAUGAUACAGAAGAAAUUCAAAAUCAGAAGCUAUAAGCUUAAGAGCGAUGCCCUAGACGAGAUUCUACGCUUCGCCGGCGAAUAUCCCGACGACACUGAAGGAGAAAUCAUCGAUCUUCUCCUCGAUAACCUCCAGGAGGAAUCGAUUAAAGAUUCCUUAGUCGAUGCGGAGACAGUUCGACGAGUGAUUGAUCCCCUUUUGAGAGCUAGUAACGCCCCCGAAGAAUCUACCACCACCGCUACUUCCUUGACUGUACUCGACGCGUUUCUCGUGCCCAAGUAUCGAUACGAUACUGUUAAGAAGCAAUUCAUCGAGCAUACGAGUAGCCUGCCUGUUCACGGGGAGGCUUCUGCGAAAACGGAAUUAUACAGAGAACGAUACAUGUUGCUGAAGCAGAGAGUUUCUCGUGCUGAGCAUUUUUCUAGGCCAACUUUUGAUGCUGAAAUGUCGCAAUUCGACAAUGAUGGGAUAUCUUCAAUCCAGUCUCUGAUUGUUGAUAUUGGAAGGAAAUGGGUGAUGGGCGUGAUAUCGCAAUUGGAAGAUGGACAUUUCUACUUGGAAGACGAUUCAGCUUCGGUAGAGAUUGAUUUGUCCAAAUACAAGAUAACAACAGGAUUUUUCACUGAGAAUACUAUAAUUUUGGCAGAAGGCAAAAUGCAGAAUGGUAUCUUUCAGGUGAUUACAUGCGGAUUUCCUCCUUUAGAAGAUAGGGAUAAAACACUAAAGACACAUUCUGGAUACGACUUCUUCGGAGGUGGAACGCUAACUAAAGAAGAGACGAUUAGACUUGCAGACCUAGAAAUACAAGCGGUGAAUGACACAUUUGUCAUAUUGUCUGACAUAUGGUUGGACGACGAAGAGGUUCUCGGGAAGCUAGAAAUGGUUCUUGAUGGUUUUGAAAGUGUGGAGAUAGUACCCUCCUUGUUUGUUUUCAUGGGAAAUUUUUGUUCUCGACCAUGCAACUUAUCCUUUGGUCCUUAUUCAAGCCUUAGGGAGCAGUUUGGUAAACUUGGUAGAAUGAUUGGAAACCAUCCACGGCUAAAAGAAAAUAGUCGGUUUUUAUUCAUCCCAGGUCCUGAUGACGCAGGUCCCUCGACAGUCUUGCCAAGAUGCGGUUUACCAAACUAUUUAACGGAAGAGCUUCAAAACAUUAUUCCCAAUGUGAUAUUUUCAAGCAAUCCUUGCAGGGUAAAGUUCUACAAUCAGGAGAUUGUGUUCUUCCGACAAGAUCUUCUUUAUCGGAUGCGUCGUUCAUGUUUGAUAACUCCUUCCAAAGAAGAAACUGAUGACCCUUUUCAGCAUCUUGUCUACACAAUAAUUCAUCAGAGCCAUCUAUGUCCCCUACCUCUCAUGGUGCAACCCAUCAUCUGGAACUAUGAUCACGCUCUUCGACUAUACCCAACUCCUCAUACGAUAGUAUUAGGUGACAAGAGUGACCAAAAGGUGUGCAAAUUUGGUGGAACAACAUGUUUCAAUCCAGGCUCCUUUUCAACCGAUAGCACCUUCGUAGCUUAUCGACCUUCCACUCAAGAAGUCGAGCUCUCUGCGUUGUGA